AUGAUACAACCCGCCCCUGUUCACCGCGAUGGCCAGUUGACCUCUGGUUUUUGGGGAAAUCAUACAUCCACCAUUGAUUGGUGUGAGAAUAACUACGUCCACACACAAUUUAUUGCGGAAACCUAUAAUACCCUAUCCAACAUUCCGUUUGUAGUCCUAGCUAUUGUAGGAGCCGCCACGGUUCUGAAGCCCAAUGGAGAGCUACGGCCUCUCCCUCACUCCGGUCGUUUCAUGUUAAUGCACGCGUUGCUUGCGUUGGUUGGGACCGGCUCUUUUGUGUUCCAUGCGACAUUGAAAUGGAGGGCACAAGUUAUGUUUGACGAGAUGCCCAUGCUCUUAGUAACUUGUGCAGCCCUGUACUCCAUUCGCGUACCGCUAAAACCACAAGCGUUGGGGACACUCAGAAAUACGUCAUAUCAUGGCGCCGAUGAAGAUCCUGAUUUCUGGCUUCGUCGGAGAUGGCAGAUUGGGACGCCGUUAUUCGCGCUAUGUACAUGUGCCAUAUAUUUAUUAUACCCCAUUCCUCUGUUGCAUCAAUUCACUUUCGCUGGUUUGAUGUGCAUAAAUGCGUUUGUGGUCUUUGGACUAUUGACCCACCCAAACCUCAAGAUACCCCUUCCUUCCCGCCCCUCGAAAUCGAUCUCUUUGGUCGAAAAACCUGCAGCCGAGACGGCAGGCAAAGUGGCCUUCCGUACCCUCGGCUCUGGGCUUCUUAUAUUUAACACAGGAUUCGCGAUAUGGAUAGCCGAUAACUUAUUUUGUGACAGUUUGGGAAGCAUACGAGAAUGGGCUUCUGGGAGUGAUGUCGGUUUGGUGGGAUUAUUAACCCAAGGCCACGCAUGGUGGCAUUUGCUUACUGGACUUGGAGCAAACUGGCUGAUAGUUGGGCUUACUUAUCUCCGACUCGCGGUGUCUGACCCGCUUUCAUAUGAGGUUGCUCAUUACUGGGGUUGUGUACCUUAUGUCCGAUGGAGAGAUGCGCCGAAUGAACGAACAGAAAAGAAUAUAGUGAAUUAA